AUGGCGACGCUGCAAAGCUCAGGGAUGUUGACGAAAGAGCAGAUGGUUUAUCUCUUUGAUCGAUUCGAUUACUUGACUUCUCAAUCUGAUGUGAAGAAACGAAUCUCUGAAGCAGUGGAGGAUAAGCAGGAAGCUGUAGCGGUAACAACUGCGAUUCAAGAAGAGAUAUUCUUGGAGAUCGGAAUUGACCCGGGAUUUGGUAUUGGUUGCUUGGGAAAGCUUAACUCGGCGUAUGAAAACGAUAAAGACUUGAUGAUUGGUUUCUACAAGUUUCUCGCUAAGGAGGAGAUGGCAUGUGAAGAAGCUGAGCUUGGACCAGAUGGAUUUGAACAGAAAAUGAAAGCACAACAACAGUUACAAGAACAGCAACUAGAGAUGCUUAAGUAUAUGCGUAGAUUUCCUCUGGAUGACCAGUCUGCUAUACUUAAAAAGCUUCAGAAGCAACUAGAAAAAUCGAAUUUCGAGCCUGAGGCAUCGCUUUUGUCAGGAGAGGAAAUGCAAGAAGCUGGAAGAAGAAGAGUUUCACCUGUUUUUGGAACCAGAUAG